AUGGCGUCGUCUAAACUCGCAACUGUCGGCAUCCUCUCUGUUGGAGAUAUGGGUAUGGGGAUUGCCAAGCUGCUCGUGGCCAAGGGCUUCUCGGUCGCCACGAACGGGUCUGGCAGAAGCAAAGAGACGCUGGAAAGGGUGCAGGCCGCCAGCGUCACCAACCUGUCGUCCGACACGGACCUCGUCAAGGAAUGCGACGUGAUACUCUCCGUCGUGCCGCCUCGCGACGCCGAGGGCACCGCCCAGCGGAUUAUCGACGCCAUGCAGUUCGUUACCAAGGGGCAGCUGUACUUUGCCGACAUGAACGCGGUAGCGCCCAGCACCAUUAAGGCAAUGGCCAAGAACAUCAAUAGGGCUCAGGUGCCCAUCACCCUGAUCGAUGGCUCGAUCCUGGGAGGGCCGCCGAAGCCGAAAGAGACAGAUUCUACGCCCAGUGGUGGCACCAGCGCAUCGGCCGGCGGUGAUUGGGACAUGCCGCUCAUGCCAACAUCAGGCCCGGUUCAGAUCGCUGAGAUUCCCGGAUACGGGGCCAGGUUGGCUGAGACCCUGAAUGUGAAACACAUAUCGCCCGAUAUAGGCGCCAGCUCAGGGCUGAAGAUGUGCUACGCGUCGCUCUCGAAGGGCUACGCUGCCAUCGCGAUACAGUCCUUCACCACUGCACAGAGGAUGGGUGUGCUGGAACCGCUGCGCGAGGCGCUGCAGGAUACGGCGCCCGGGCGGGUGAAGCAGACGGAGAAUGCACUGACGGGGAUGCCGCCGAAAGCGUACAGGUGGGUGAGGGAGAUGGAGGAGAUUGCCAAGACGCAUGCUGAGGAGGGUGGUUUCGAGGACUACCUCUUCAAGGGGGCAGCUGGGGUCUUCCAGGCUGUCGCUCAGGAUACAGUCCUGGGGCAGGAGAAAGUUGGCCAGAGGAAGAGAGGGCGAACGGCAGAGGAUGUGGCUGCUGCGAUGGCGGAGGGCAUGGAAAAGAGGAGGAAAAAGAUGGACUGA